AUGUUAUGUAGAUAUAUCGAUGCUAAACAUUAUGAUUAUUUUUUUUCUCUUCUUUUUUUCCAUUUUCAGCAGACCGAUGACCCGCCUCGUAAAGUUGACCCCGAAGGAAGUUGGUUGUCGUUUGUACGUCAUUCAUCGAGGACAUCGGGCUCAUCAACGUCCACGUCGACGUCCACUUCAUCGAAAAAGAAAUGCGAGAAGAAAAACAAAGACAAAUCAAGGAAUUCAAGAAGAUUGCCAGAAGCAGAUGGCCCUGCUGGACCACCCGGGCCUCAGGGCCCUGCCGGCCCUGCCGGGGCACAAAUCACUAAGCAGGAACUACUCACAGAAUUUAGGGAAUUGAUAAGAGAAGCGGCAGAAAGACGAGCACAGAUUAUUAUUGGAGAAAAGUGUCCGAGUUGUCUACUCAACAUCACGGAAGGAACGGAAUUACAUCUUCCGAAUCUUGAAGAACUCGAGCUCCUUCCCACCCUCCCCAUCGCCUUCCAUUGCAAACUCAGUCGAGAUCUAGACAUCCCGGGAAAAAGUCUUAUUGAAGUCGUCAAUUUUAGAACGCCGAUGGACACCGGGUCAUUUCGGCGGGGACGAGGGUUGGAUGUUAGGUCGGGAAGGUUCACGGCGCCACGGACAGCCAUCUACCAGCUCUCCGCAAACCUCCACAUAGGCCAGCGGCUCUCAGACGUCAAAUCGCGGGAACUAAAGCCGAGGGAUAACGUCCGGUUACUCAUAUGUAUCAACUCGAUGUGCCAGAGGCAUACGUCGUUAGAAUUUGUGUCGGGUAUGGAAAGCAACAGCAGAGUAUUUACAGUGGCAGUAUCUGGUCUCUUGCGAUUAGAGGAGGGCCAGUACGCGUCAGUGUAUAUCGACAACAGCUCUGGUCGUCGUAUUGAGAUUCAGGUCGGUUCUGACUAUAGCGGAGUCUUGAUGGGAGUCUAGUUAUAUCUUUGGAUCAUCCAAGCUUGCGGAUGGAAAUGAGACUAUCGGGUUACAUUCGACGCCUUUUCAGUCAUAAUUAUAUCAGAAAAGGAAAACGUUAAUUGCGAAAUGGAAAACGUUCUGCAAAGUUGGAUUUUACUUUGAACCCUUUCCAUGCAGGUAAAACAGUGAAACCGAUGUUGUGUAUCGAUGUUGUGUAUCUAUAUGAUCAGCUAGUCAUCGUCGCCUCCACAGAUGAAAAGCGAAGUGUGGCCAUGUUUGAAGGAGACGAAACAAUAUUUGAGGCAUUGCAUGGUCAGUUUGCAAGUAAUAGAGUGAAUUUAAACUUUUCUUCCAAGCGACAUUACAAUAUAUAUUUGAAAACAGCAAGAUGUAAUUCUGCAUGCAGACAUGUCAAUUCUGGCCUAGGACCAAAUCUGAGGUCGGUGGAAACCAUUUUUUUUCGAGGAACUCGGCCAAAGACCACUAUCGUGAGGCCGUCAAUGAGCUUAGUUACGCGACGGCAAUCGAACCUUCAGCAGAUAUGGAAAUUUCCUGAUUUUUUUUGUUAAUUUAUCAAAGUGAAACAGUUUCCUGAUCGUUGUCGAUUACAAAUGGAUAUGAAGAAAUUGGUAGCAUAUUCAACAAUAUAAAAUUCACCAAGAGACAAAUAUCUUGAAGAGAUCUCGGUGCGUGAAAAUGUUCGUCAGAUGGUGAACCAUUUUGCAAGAUUUAAUGCCGUUGCUACAAAGAGUGAUGAUAGGCCAAUAUGGCUCUUGAAAACUUACUCACCUGACUUUCGCCAAUCGAAUCACGUGAUAUUUAUCGUCAGCGUAUCUGAAGGACAAUACUAAGAAUUUGGAAUC